UUUAUUGUUUGUAGACUUUCAGACUGCAGUAUCACUGAAGAAGGAUAUCUAGCUCUGGCUUCAGCUCUGAGAUCAAACCCUUCACACCUGAUAGAGCUGGAUCUGACAGGAAAUGAUCCUGGACAAUCAGGAGUGAAGGAGCUCAAUGAUUUACUUCAGGAUCCAAACUUUCAACUGAAGACACUGAGGUUUUUGGGUCCUGUUGCUGAUGAAGCCUGUCAGUAUGUGACUGGAAUUUUGGGUAAAAACCCGUUACUCCUGAGAGAGCUGAAUCUGAGUUUACAUGAAUUAGGACACACAAGAGUGAAUCAGAUCGCUGCUCUACUGCAGGAUAAACACUGUAAACUCAAUACACUGAUGCUGUGUGAUUGUGGUCUAACAGACGAAAGCUGCUCAGCUCUCGCUACAGUCCUGAGAUCAAACUCGACUCUGAAAGAACUUGACUUGAGCAACAAUAAUCUGCAAGAUUCAGGAGUGAAGAAACUCCAGAAUGGAUUAGAAGAUACAAACUGCACACUGGAGAACCUCAGACUUUCAAACUGCUGUAUUUCUGAAGAAGGUUAUACAGCUCUGGCUUCUGCUUUGAGAUCAAACCCUUCACACCUGAUAGAGCUGGAUCUCACAGGAAAUGAUCCUGGACAAACAGGAGUGAAGCAGCUCAAUGAUUUACUACAGGAUCCAAACUGUCAACUGAAGACACUGAAGUUUUUGAGUCUUGCUGCAGAUCAAGCCUGUCAGUUUUUGACUGCAGUUAUGUGUAAAAACCCGUUACUCCUGAGAGAGCUCAAUCUGAGUGAACGUGAACUAGGAGACACACGAGUGAUUCAGAUCGCUGCUCUACUGCAGGAUAAACACUGUAAACUCAGCACACUGAUUUUGUGUAGAUGCAGUAUUACAGAGAAACAAUGUAUCAUUCUGACUUCAGCUCUGAAAUUAAAUCCAUCUCUCUUGAGAGAACUGGAACUCAGUGAGAAUGAACUAAAAAACAUAGGAGUGAAUCACUUAUGUGAUGUACUUAAGGAUUCACAAUGUAAACUGGAGAGAUUGAGGCUUUCAGACUGCAGUAUCACUGAAGAAGGUUAUAAAGCUCUGGCUUCAGCUCUGAGAUCAAACCCUUCACACCUGAUAGAGCUGGAUCUGACAGGAAAUGAUCCUGGACAAUCAGGAGUGAAGAAGCUCAGUGAUUUACUACAGGAUGAUUCCUGUAAAUUAAAGAUCAUCAGACUUUCAGACUGCAGUAUCACUGAAGAAGAUUAUAAAGCUCUGGCUUCAGCUCUGAGAUCAAACCCUUCACACCUGAUAGAGCUGGAACUCACAGGAAAUGAUCCUGGACAAUCAGGAGUGAAGCAGCUCAGUGAUUUACUACAGGAUCCAAACUUGCAACUGAAGACACUGAGUCUUUCAGACUGCAGUAUCACUGAAGAAGGUUAUAAAGCUCUGGCUUCAGCGCUAAGAUCAAAUCCUUCACACCUGAUAGAGCUGGAUCUCACAGGAAAUGAUCCUGGACAAUCAGGAGUGAAGGCGCUCAGUGAUUUACUACAGGAUCCAAACUGUCAACUGAAGACACUGAGUCUGUCUAGAUGCAGUAUUACAGAGAAACAAUGUCUCAUCCUAAUUUCAGCUCUGAAAUUAAACCCUUUACACCUGAGAGAACUGGACAUAAGUGAGAAUGAACUAAAAAACACAGGAGUGAAUCACUUAUGUGACGUUCUGAAGGAUUCACACUGUAAGCUGGAGAGACUGAGUCUGCGUAAGUGUGGUCUAACAGAGGAAAGCUGUUCAGCUCUCGCUACAGUCCUGAGAUCAAACUCCAGUCUGAAAGACCUUGACAUGAGCAACAAUAAUCUGCAGGAUUCAGGAGUGAAGAAACUCCAGAACGGGUUAGAAGACACAAACUGCACACUGAAGAAACUCAGUCUUUCCGACUGCAGUAUCACUGAAGAAGGUUAUAAAGCUCUGGCUUCAGCGCUAAGAUCAAAUCCUUCACACCUGAUAGAACCAGAGCAAGAUGUCUGGCCAGAGGGAGGUUAUGGUGAUCUUCUGUGGGACAUUCAACUGGUGGUCAAGAUUCAGUUCUCAGUUCCUAGCUGCUUCUGGGUGACAGCAGGGAUCACUCCUUUGUGGUGCUCCCAAGCUCCUCAGCCCCUUGUCUCACACAAUGGUUCAGGCCAUGAGAUGUUUAUUGAAAUGUUCAAAGUUUUUGAGUCCUGCUGCAGAUGA